AUGGCGUUUAAAGACUCAGUCCAAUUGUGCUUUGGUUAUGUCUAUGCAGCGCUGAUAACACCAUGGCUUCUCUCACACUUCCUCUUCGACAUCACUCUCUGCCUCAUCCCAUAUCUUCGACCCUCACGAAAAUGGUCCCUCAACCAAGCUGUUCGCGUCCGACUUAUCCGUCUCGUACUUCUCUACUGGUCACUCACCAAGUACGGAGACCGAUUGAGACUCGAUCCAAAACGGGAGAAGAACCGAUUCGAAGUAGUCUCUCCACGAUCGCCCAAGCUCUACAGAGCAAUUCUUUCGGAUUAUGUCGUACGGCCCGCACAACUGGGAAUGACUUGGACGCCAGCACGACCUCCACCCGCGGGACUAGUCAACUCCAAUAUGGUCGUGGCACUGCACUUCCACGGCGGAGGUUAUGUUAUUGGGAAUGGUCGUGAUGAAGAUACUGGAUUUCUGGCAAAGACUCUCGUGAGGCGUAUGGGUUGCAGUCAUGUUUGCACUCCACAAUACCGUCUCUCGAGCAGUAACAACGGGCAAUUUCCAGCACCUCUCCAGGAUGCCCUCACAGCGUAUCUCGAUCUGAUCAAGAGCAAGGGAAUUCCAGCAAGCCAGAUCAUUCUGUCAGGCGACUCAGCGGGAGCCAAUCUUGCGCUCGCAUUGGUACGAUACAUUCACGAGCACGGAAAAGACGACGACAUUCCUUUCCCGAGGGCCAUGGCUCUUUGGUCACCUUGGGUAGACAUCGCCGGUGCGUUAGAGCAGGAUGUCAAACAAUCACCCAAUUACAAGACCGAUUAUCUGAACAUGUAUUUUGCUCGCUGGGGCGCAGCUACUGUCUCUGGCUAUGGAAUCACCGAUCCUGCAGGACCAUACCUUUCCCCUCUACGCAACCCAUUCACACUCGAAGAGUCACUUCCGGUAUACGUCAACGCAGGAGGGGGCGAAGUCCUAUGCGAGGAUAUCAAGAACUUCUGCCAACGCUACGAGAAGCAUGGUUGGAACAUCCACUUGGACGUGUCUGAAGGGUGUCCUCAUGACAUUCUGCUACUAGGAGACACGAUGGGAUUCGGUGCCGAGGCAAAGAAAGCAGCUGAGAAUGCUAGAGGAUUCUUGAACGUGAAUGCGGGGUUGAAGCUGCAGAGCUAUAGCCCGAGGGAGCUCUGA